CAAGGUCCCUUCCAACCCUGUUAAUCUGGAUCUGUAGGUUUCAGCCUCCAGUCCCCAUGUCAUGUCUGUUGCUCUUUCAUCUUUGCCUUCUGCAGGGUCUCAGAGGCGGCUGGGUGGUCCAGCCGCCAGUGCCAGCCACCCCCCCUCCCCCCCCCCCCCCCGCCACGGAAGCUCCCUGGGGGCUCUGCCCACGCUCAGUGGCCGGCCCCGCCCCGGCUGAGCUCCACCCGCCCUAAGCCUCCCAGCAACCGGAGCCACCCGAAAAAAGCAAUCCGAGGACGCGGCGGCGGCGGCGGCAGCAGGGAGAUGGCACAGCCCACCCAGUGGUUCUGGGGAGAGGAAUACUGGCUACCUCCAGGGUUCACCUGGGAGGACCUGCAGGACACGGAGGACAUCCGCUAUCCCCAACCCCAUCACCUCCUGCUCUGCCUCCCCAUCACUCUCCUGCUGGUCGCCCUCCGGUUCUUCUUCGAAAGGAAAAUCGCCAUCCCCUUGAGCAGACAACUAGGUUUGCGAGAAAAGGUGAGGCGGAAACCUCCUCCGAACCCCAUCCUGGAAGCUUUUUACAGGAAGCGGAGGAAAAGUCCCGCCAAGGAAGACCUCGGCGGCUUAGCCAAGCAGUGCGACCUCCAACCGAGGCAGGUAGAGCGGUGGUUCCGAUGCCGGCUGAAUCAGGACCGGCCCAGCUUGACCAAGAAAUUCUGUGAAGCCACAUGGAGAGCCACCUAUUACACCAUUUCUCUGUGUACGGGCUUAGCUGUCCUUUACAACAAACCCUGGUUAUGGGACCUCCGCAAAUGUUGGGUCGGGUACCCCCAGCAGCCGCUCCAGACCAGCCUUUUGGGCUACUACCUGGUGCAGUUCUCCUUCUACUGCUCCUUGCUCAUCUCGCUGCCUUUUGACGUCAAACGGACGGACUUUCCCGAGCAACUCCUGCACCACCUGGUCACCCUCGUCCUCAUCGGCUCCUCGCUCUGCUUAAACUGCCUCCGCAUCGGUUCCCUCAUCAUGUUCCUCCACGAUGUUUCGGACUGCCUCUUGGAGACCGCCAAGAUGUUUACUUACCCAAAGUGGCAGAAAACCUGCGACACCCUCUUUAUCACUUUCUCAGCGGCAUUCCUGGUCACGCGCAUGGGGAUUUUCCCUUGCAAGAUUAUUUACAACACAUAUUAUUAUUCCAUGGAGAUCUACCAGCCGUUUUUCGGCUACUACUUCUUAAACGGCCUCCUGAUGGCUCUUCAGCUCCUCCACGCCUUCUGGUCCUACCUGAUCAUUCGCAUGGUUUAUCGGUUCCUGCUCUGUGGCACAAUGGAAAAGGACCUGCGGAGCCACUCAGAGGCCAGCGAGGAUGAGGUGGCCCACCGGGAGAUGACGCAGAAAAACAGCACUGUGGAUCCCCAGCCCAACCGCCCGGCGGUCACCCGGAGAACGCCUGUGUAGAUGGAUGGCGGGAAUCCCCCUUGUGGCGUUCCCGCCGAAGCCAGAUAGCCCCAGCCUGCUCUGCUCCUCGGUGCUGCUCUCGCCCCCCGGCCCUGACCUCUGACCUUCUCCUAGACCUGGAAAGGGGGGUCAUUGUUCAAGUACAACACCCCCCAGGCCCGCCUCAAAUCGUGUGCCUGGUUCUGUCUCAUUGCCCGAUCUUUUAGUGGCCCUCCGAAGCUCACGGCAGCAAGAAGCCGCAAAACCUCUCCAGAAGAUCGGGAGCGAUCCUGGUGGAAACCUCUGGGAGGAGGGGAGGGGAGUGAGGUGGGCCUGGGUAGCCCAGCCCCGAGAAGGAGACAAUGAUUCUCUACCCCACCCACAAGCAAGGGCGGAGUCUCCUGAGAGCCCCGUGUUGGGCAGGGGGAGAAAGAGGGUGAGAAGAUGCACGUGAGGCAUCGGCUUGGGAAUGGGAUGAGUCGCCAUGCUGAAUUCGCCAGGGCUAAUUCGCCGUUUCCAACGCUCCACGGCUAUUUCGCCAACAGGACAAUUCGCCGCAGGACAAUUCAGCAGCUCAAUUUAAUUCAAAUUCCUUCCCUUCUUUCUUCCUUAACUACAUUACUUCCCCCCCUCCCAAAAAAAAUACAAAAC